AUGGACGUCGGAAGUUGUUCAGUGGGAAAUAACCCACUUGCACAAUUGCAUAAACAUACUCAACAAAACAGAUCACUUCAGUUUAGUCAGCAGAAUCAUGGGCCCCUUAACGAAUCGAGUUUACAGAGCACGAACAAAGUAAGUAGUGUAAGCGAGGCUUUCAAAUCUAAUAACAAUACUAUUUCACAAGAAAGGAUAGCGAAUAUGCAUAGAUUUAUGAACGGAGAACCUCUAGCCGAUGAUAAAAGAAGAAUGGGAAUCGGAAAAUCUCCAGCUGUACCUCCGCAUAUUUCUAACAUGCGUUCUCUGCAUGCCUUGCCAAGUCCAACUCAAACUAGCGGAACGAGCAAUGUAUCACAUUGGUCGCGAGAGUUUCAAGAUAACAAUAGUAUUCAAAAUGCGACCACGAACGUGGGAAAUUCUGAAAAAGUAUGGCAGCUUCCCUCACAAGCAACAUCCAACCGAUUCCAAUAUCCCAAUACUAUGAUGAAUAACUAUCCUUACUCUUCAAUGAACAACCUCAGCGGGUCAAGGCUUCAGUCACCUGGGUUUAUGAGUCAGCAACACUCUGGACGUUCUAAAGAAGACAUCAAACAGCAAGGAGACCAGCCUUGGACGGACCAAUUUGAAAAGUUGGAAAAAGAAGUCUCAGAGAAUCUAAAUAUAAAUGAUGCAAUAAAGGAGGAUGAAAAUAUGACUGAAGUAGAACAGAAUAAACCAGAAAAUGUUGAGAAGGACGAAGUGAUAUUUGGAGAUCAAUACCAAUCUGAUUUUCAAGAAGUAUGGGAUAGUAUACACAAGGAUGCUGAGGACAUUUUGCCUUCUGAAUUGGCUAAUGAUGACCUCAAUCUGGGGGAAGACUACCUGAAAUAUCUCGGUGGUAGAGUAAAUGGGAAUAUUGAGUAUGCUUUUCAAUCUAACAAUGAAUAUUUAAAUAACCCCAAUGCUUAUAAAAUCGGUUGCUUACUAAUGGAAAACGGAGCCAAAUUGAGCGAGGCAGCGCUAGCAUUUGAAGCUGCAGUUAAAGAGAAAUCAGACCAUGUGGAUGCCUGGCUAAGAUUGGGCCUAGUGCAAACUCAAAAUGAAAAAGAAUUGAAUGGUAUAAGCGCAUUAGAAGAAUGCUUAAAAUUAGAUCCUAAAAAUCUGGAAGCAAUGAAAACACUAGCAAUAAGUUACAUAAAUGAAGGUUACGAUAUGAGCGCCUUCACAAUGCUAGAUAAAUGGGCCGAAACCAAGUACCCAGAAGUUUGGUCAAGUAUCAAACAACAGCAUGAUGCGGCCCAAAGAGAAAAAGGGUUCGCUCAUAUCGACAUGAAUGCGCGUAUAACAAAGCAAUAUUUGCAACUAGCGAACAGUUUGAACACAGUAGACCCCGAAGUACAACUGUGCUUGGGUCUCCUAUUUUACACUAAGGAUGAUUUUGACAAAACGAUAGAUUGCUUUGAAAGUGCGCUGAAGGUGAAUCCUAAUGAUGAACUCAUGUGGAACAGAUUAGGUGCUUCAUUGGCUAAUUCCAAUAGAUCAGAGGAAGCAAUUCAAGCAUAUCAUAGGGCAUUACAACUGAAACCAUCUUUUGUUAGGGCCCGCUAUAAUUUGGCGGUGUCCUCAAUGAAUAUAGGUUGUUUUAAAGAAGCUGCGGGUUACCUAUUAAGUGUCCUAAGUAUGCAUGAAGUAAACACUAACAGAAAGGGAGACGUUGGAUCACUUUUGAACACCUACAAUGAUGCUGUCAUUGAUACUUUAAAAAGAGUUUUUAUAGCAAUGAACAGAGAUGAUCUCUUACAAGAGGUAAAGCCAGGAAUGGACCUUCAAAAAUUCAGAGGGGAAUUUUCAUUUUAA